AUGGCGUAUCCAAAAGAUUUAAUAAAAUUUAAUCUUACACAUAUGAACACGUUCUCCCUAUCAGAAUCAAAAUUGAAGGAUGCCGCAAUGUCAGACGGAUGGAGGGUUUGGAAAUGGAAAAAGAAAUUCUGGAAGUUAUUUGACAAGCCGGAGGCAUCAGAGCCGAGUAUUCAUAAAUAUAAAAAUGAACUAGAUAAAAAUGGACUGACCGGUUUGAAAGAUCUUUUAAGUAAAGACGUAGAAAGCUGGAAAAGUACCAUGGUACACAUAGCCGUCACAGGGCAGUCCGGAACAGGAAAGUCAUCUUUUAUUAAUUCAAUUAGAGGCUUGAAACCUGGAAAUAAGGGUGCUGCUCUAGUUGGUGCUAACGAAACCACAUUCACAUGCAAUCGAUACGAACACCCAGCAAAUAAAAGUUUUGUUGUUUGGGACCUUCCUGGAGUAGGAACACCAAAUUUCCCAAAAGAAAAAUAUCUGGAUAUGGUCCGUAUUAAUCGAUACGAUUUUUUCAUCAUUAUAAGCAAAGACAGAUUUACAGAACUUGACUUGUGGCUUGCACAGAAAAUACGUGAACAAAAAAAAUCGUGUUUCUUUGUUCGAUCAAAUAUUGAUGUCACUAUCGAAAAUAAUGCUCGGGAUUUUAGUAAAACGCAUAAUGAAAAAGAUCUUCUGGAAAAAAUUCGAGAAAACAUAUCAAAUGAGUUUCAAAGAAAAGGGAUAAGCGAUCAAAAAAUUUUCCUUAUUAGUAACCGUGCAUUGAAUAAAUAUGACUUUGGGAACCUCAACAACGAAUUACUGUCAUUAUCAGAUGGUUUGCAGAAAGAAACCUUGGCAUUGUCAUUAUCUGCAGUUACCAGAGAAGUAAUGGAAGAAAAGGAAAAGGUACUCACAGGUAGAAUGCCUAAAAUUGCUUUAUCGAUUGCAUCAGCGUCAACAAAAUCUGAACAGAAAGAGUUAUUUAAAAAGGAAAUAAACUUUUACAGGAAACAAUUUAAUAUCGAUGAAGAAACACUUUCUGAAAAUAGGGAAAUUUUGUUUCUCACUGAUGAUCACUUGGAAAGUUUCAAAGUUGUGUUUGAUGAGCACAAGCAAAAGAGCAGAAGGACGAUGAAAACACCGACAGCCUCAAUGAGUGAAAUGCCUACAUUAGUACGCAUUAUUGAUUCAUUCAUUUGGUCUAAAGAGAACACAAUGCUGUAUAUAUUUUCCGAAACGGCUUUAAAAAUGAAUCUUGAGUCGCUUUACAAUACGGCAAAAACAUUCUACGAUGCAGCAAAAUUCAAUUAUUUGGUCAAAAAGACUUCAACGUAA